AAUCGUUCAGUUAACGGCUUCGCACACUAAAGCCGAAGUUUAUACUCAACACCGUACCGCAGAGAUUAGUCAAACUAAACCGGAGAACUUUCUGAUCGUUUUUGUUUUGUUUUAUUUCUCUUUUUUUAUGGUGAAGUUGAUUUUGCUCGAGCUUCACGAUGAGGAAGAGUGAGUUGCAUGCCGCAGAGUCUGUGGCGUGUCUGAAUGAAGCCCUGAAUCGCCUCAGGGACAUCUGGGAGGAGAUUGGCAUACCAGAGGACCAGAGACUGCAGCGCACUGAUGCGGUCAAAAUGCACAUCAAGAACCUUCUGGACAUGAUGAUAGCGGAGGAGGAAGGUCUGAAAAAGAGGUUGCUGAGCAGCAUCGAGUCCUGUCGAAAGGAGCUGGGUAGUUUGUGUGACGAGCUUCAACUCCCUCCGUUUGAGGAGGAUGAGGGCCUGAGCAUGCUGCAGCUGGAGAAAGAGAUUCGCACGCGACUGAAGGUGAUGCUGAAGCAGAAGAACCAGCGCAUGAGCGAGCUGAAGAGUCUGAUACAGCAGGACCGCGAGCUGUGCGAUAUCCUGUGCGAUAACCCUCACUCCAUCGAUCCCGACCGUGUUCCCUCUGCCCAACAGCUGCACGGCUACCGUCAGCACAUCGCGAGCCGCAACCAGGAGAAGGAGCGUCGUUAUGCCGAGUUCGUGUCCACCAAGCGUAAGAUCAUCGCGUGCAUGGAGGAUCUCGAGCAGAUGCCGGACACUAGCUUUGAGCGAGAUGUUGUGUGUGAGGAGGAGGAGGCGUUCUGCCUCUCGAUAGAAAACAUCACUGCCCUGAAUGUGUUACUGAGCCAGUUGGAGAAUCGGAAAGCGGAGAUCGAGGCGGUGUGCGUGUCCUUCCGUGGCCGUAUCGUGGAGCUGUGGGAAAGACUUCAGAUCUGCCAGGAAGAGCGAGACUCCAUGGCUGAACACAUGCAGUGCAGCAAGAAGAGGAACAUGGACGCUCUGCACACUGAGGUGGAGCGCCUGGAGGAGCUGAAGAUGAAGAACAUCCAGGGUGUGAUCGAGUCGAUCAGAGCAGAAAUCGAAAUCCUCUGGGAGAAAUGCUUUUACAGCCCUGACCAGAGACGAGCCUUUACUGCGUUUUCCUCCGAUGAAUUAACUGAAGAGCUUCUGACUAUGCACGAGCAAGAAGAGCAGCGGCUAAAGCAGCAUUAUGAGCAGCACCGAGACCUUUAUAAUGGCGUGACUAGCUGGCAGAGUAACUGGACUCUCUAUCAGGAACUGGAGAAAAAGGCCACGGAUCCGUCUCGCUUUCACAACAGAGGAGGCAACCUGCUACGGGAGGAGAAGCAAAGGGCAGAGCUUCAGAAGAGUCUGCCCAAGCUGGAGAAAAGUCUGAAGGUCCAGAUCGAGCAGUGGGAGGCGGAGCACGGCUCAGAGUUCCGGGUCAACGGGCAGCGCUUCAUGCAGUACGUGGAGGAACAGUGGAACCUUCACCUGCUGGAGAAAGAGAAGGAGAAGCUCGAGAGGCAAAUGAAAAAGAGCAAGCAGAUCGAGGAGGACAUGCUGUAUGGUACGUCACUCAAAACACCCACCAAGAGAAGACUAGGAGGAACACCCACACCUGGAAAAUCUCGCAAGCUGAAUUCCACCUCCAGUAUUGCUAGCGCUACACCCAACACGACCUUGCGCUCUAUAUGCCAUUCUCCAUCCAUGAGACCACCUCUCUCUGCCAGCAGGAUCGGUUUAGGUUUGCGUACACCCGCUCGUACGCGAACCCCCCGCGGCCUGGAGAGGAAUAAGGAAAACGUUUCUCAGCUGAGUGGAGCAUUGCGCACCAUGACCUCCAGCCCAUACCGAAACUGCUCCAUCAACUCUGUCGCCAGCUCCUACUCCGAGUUUGCGAGGGAUUGUGUCAACAUUGAAUCCACAAUCAUCUCCAGCGAGAACUCUCACAAGCUUCCAAGUCCAGCUGCAAGGCUGGAGUUCUGAACUCCACAAUCACACGCUAAGUGCUGCAAUCCCGGAACCGUGGCAGCCACAGCGCUCAUGUAGACCAAGAGACAUUUUAAGAGAUUGCUGAAUGUAAAUUACCUUCAAAAAAAAAUGUGGAACCUGUGUAAAUAUCUUUACUUCUGUUUUAAUGGUUUUUCUCCUUGGUUUAUUUUAUUUUUUAUUUUUAUUAGUAGUGUUGGGGUUUUUUUUUUUUUUUUUUUUUUUUCUCUCAAUAUAAACAUGCAUCUUUGACAGAUCAGUCCUACAUGCAAAUUUACACAGACGUCAGGUCAUGAUCAAGAAGUUUACUGCAGUUUUUAUAAAAACUCUAUCUUAUUUUUAACUAUUAAUUUGGGCUUGUACAGUAUCUUAUGGUUUUGGAAGCAGAUGUGUUGUAUUAGGAUAAAUUUUCUUAGGAUAAAUCUGUAUUUAAUUUCUUUUUCUACUACAUACCGAACACUAGUACAUUCCUGAGAUGUUUUGUUUGCUUGCAAACAGCUAAGGGCACCCUGUAAAAUAAAUGUCUUCAUUCAGA